AUGCAGGUGCCGGUGCCCUUCCGGCUGGGCCAGCCGAUCCUGUACAAGAAGUUGUCGGGCACCGGUGGGGAUGACUCACAGAUCAAGAGCAGCAGCAUCGUAAGGUUCAUGGCGGACCCUGACGACGGCUUUGCGCCGCUGGAGUGGCAGUACGGCGGCAGGCAGGGGCCCGCCCCGCCGGUGGUCCUCGCGCGCCGGGACAGGGUGCCCUUCUCGAAGCAGGUCCCCAGAGAUCUCCAGGCAGUUCGGAUCAGGUGGGGCCGGUCUCGGCAGACAAGUAUUCUACACGCCCGCGCGCGUGGCUGGCACGGCUGCGGGUACAGCUACAUUCUGCAGUGGCUCGACGAGAUCGGGGAGGAGGAGGACGACCGGACGUCGGUCAGCGACAGACUGCUGACGCCCGCCGCAUUCCAGUCCUACGUGGAGGCGCAGCGCGAGGAGUGUCCCACUGCCUUCCUGUCGGUCAGGUUCCCUCUGUGCAGCACCGUGGUGCCCCACGGGCUGGGAGCGGGGGAGCUGAACGGCCUCGAGGGAGAGGUGGCGCAGUACGGCCGAGACCGGGUCGGCGUGCGCUUCGAGGGCCGUGGCGUGGUGGCGCUGCGGCCGGAGCGACUGACGGUCGUCCGGGGGUUGGACACGGGCGAGUCGAAAGCCGCGAGGGAGGCGGAUCUGCAGCGCCAGGAGAUGCAGCAAAUCUCCCGGCGCUUCAUCGAGUGCCUCUACCAGGACACUUUCCCGGAGAUGGGCGGUGCAGUGAAGUGCGGGGACGUCAGCGAGGAGGAGAUGGUAGAGGCACUGCUGUCAGGGAAGCAGCAGGAGUACUUCGAAGGUAUUGCCAGGAAGCUUGCUGCAAAACGGGAGCCGAACUCCUCCUACGCCCAGAGGCUCUUGGGGGAGCUGAGGCAGGAGGAGAGGGCCCUCGCCGAAGUGCUCGAUGCCGCGCUCUUCGGCGAUUUCCCGCGAGUCGCAGACCAGCGCGUGCAGCUCGCGGAGAUCGAGGGGAAGGCGAAGCAGAGCGAGAUGGCCCACUAG